AGCACGCGCGGAGCGCAAUCCUGCUGUCUCACCCUCCAAUUCCACACGAAGCUUUUCUCAUCCUCCUCUCUCUAGCUUGCAGCCAUACCUUCUCUCUCAAGAGCGCCGGCUAGCCUCACCUCUUCCAUGGAGAUCGACGCCGACAACCUCAGCGCGACCGAGCUCCGCCUCGGCCUGCCUGGGAGCAGCAGCACCGGCGACCGGCCGAAGAAGCCGUCGCCGUCCGUCGGGGCGAAGCGCUCGCUGGACGACACCAAGAGCGAGGCCUCGGGGACCGGCCCGGCCGCCGGAGACGACCAGGACGCCACCGCGCCUGCCAAGGCACAAGUUGUAGGAUGGCCACCAGUGAGGGCAUACCGGAAAAACACAUUCCAGGCGGCGGCGGCGGCCAAGAAGGCAGAGCAGCAACAGCAGCAGCAGGGAGGCCUGUAUGUGAAGGUGAGCAUGGACGGGGCACCUUACCUCAGGAAGGCCGACCUCAGGAUGUACAAGGGGUACAGGGAGCUCAGGGAGGCGCUGGAUGCCCUCUUCACCAAGUCCUUCUCUGCCGCCGGGGAGGGCGGCGACCACCAGCACGCCAUCGCCUACGAGGACAAGGACGGUGACCUCAUGCUUGUGGGAGAUGUGCCCUGGGAUAUGUUCAUCGCUUCAUGCAAGAAGCUGAGGAUAAUGAAAGGCUCUGAGGCCAGGUGAUGGUUAAGGCACAAGAGUUUAGAUCAUGGCAUGAGACGCAUGGGGUCAAGCAAGGCAAGGAUCAGGAGAGCUGUGUGGCUUGGGCUCUCCAGUACUGUACAAAGAGAUCUCUGUUUCUGCUGCAUCAAAGACAGAGAAAUAUCUACGAAUUGUGUAUAUAAUCUUAGGUUAGCCGCCUUUUGUUUUUUCGAGAUGUGUUUUGUAUGAGCAAAGGCUGUAAAAAAUAAGAAUAAGAAAAUGAGAAAUUUGGCUUAAGUUUGGUCAUUUUUCUCUGUCCAAAGGUCGCCUUCUCUAUAUGUGCUUAUAAUAAAUACUGUGCCAAGGCAGCAUUUUGUCA